UCGGCAACAGCGAAGCGGAACCUCCGGAGUCGGCGUGAAAUAGGACCCGGGGGCGGGUGGGAGAGACAGAGCGUUCGGCUGCGGAAACCCCCUCCACCCCCCUGACCUGGGAGACAGAGCCAGCUCCGGACACGGGGAGUGACAGGUCCCCGAUCAGAUGGCUGCAAUCGCCAGAGAAACCCAGAGCAUAAAGCAAGCUGUAAUAUUAAUCAAUGGAAUUGAUGCUGGUAAAUUUCCACGACUGCUGUCGCGCAUCCUUCAGAAACUUCACUUGAAGGAUGAGCAUUCAUUUAAUGAAGAAGAGAAAGAAAAGCUUCAAGUCGCACUCUCUCUGGAAAAACAAGGCCUCCGCUUGGUGCUGGAAACUGUAUCCUUUUUCCUGGAACAGGCAGCUUAUUACAACAUGAAACCUGCUGCUCUUCAACAACAACUGGAAAAUAUUCACCUGAGUCAAGAGAAAGCUGAGGCCUUUGUCCAGGCCUGGGCAAAUAUGGGCCAAGAUAUUGUUGAAAAGUUGAGGCAAAGUACAUUUGCUCCUAAAAAGCUCGAAAAAAUUGGGUUCUGUCUUAACCUUGAAAUGGGUCAUUCAACGCAAGCCAAAAUGAAAUCUCCUCAUGCUAUUCUUGAGCUUGGAGUCAACAGUGAAGACUCUGAGAAUACAGAAAAGGUGUUGUUGGAAUUUAACCAUGGAGAGCUUUUAGAAUUUUACAACAAGUUGGAAACCAUACAAACACAAUUGGACGCUCUUACAUGAACAAGAUGUACUGAUCCUCCAAAAAUGCACUCAUCGUUUGUAGGUUUAAUAGCUGAGGAAUUUUCAUAAACACACUAUGCUACAGAAAUCAAACAAACUGUUUCCAUCAAGUAACACAGCAUAGUUGUAAAGUUACCACUUUUGGAUCCCUUCACAGUUCAACGGUUCUUGGCUUUCACGAAUUGUUAUGUUAAAUUCAAUAGCGGUUGAACUGCUUGCCAAUCUUCUAAAUGAUGAUUCCCUGUAUUGAUUCAGGAUUAUUGACAUCAAUUAAUGAUGCCUUGAUGUUCUAACCCUGACGUGAUUUUGGAUUUAUCCACUGGCAGAUCGGUUUGAAAAUUAAAAUAUACUUGUAAUAUAGUUUUAGAAGGUAUUGAACAGAAAUAAUGGUUCCAUCUGGUGGAUUUAGCCUUUAAUUCCCUCUUUCAAUAUUCCAGCUUAUUGACCCUUUGGCAUAACCAUGUACACAUAUCUGUUAUUAAUGAAUUCAAUGCCAAACCCUUCUACAAAAUUGCACCUCUUGAAGUUAAUAAUCAUUUUUUUUUUCAUACAUUAUGGCAAAUGCGGCAUGUUUUAAAAUGUUAUGUAAUGGCUGAAAUAAGUACAUGUUGUAUCAUCAUGGUUUGUAUUGCCUGCUGAAUUAAGAUUUCAGAAUAACUUUGUUAGUGGAUUGUGAAAGGUAAUGAACUUUCAGGCUAAAUGUAGUAGGAUUGGAACCCAAGUUCCUAUUAGAAUCACUUGCAUAAACUGAAAUAAAUACAGAAUUGUUGA